AUGGGAGGUUUAUUUUGCAUUUCCAAGAAUCUGGAAACCAUCACCUGCACUGUUCAGUACCAGCAUCUCCACGCAAGAUUUAACGCAGUCCUGGCAUUUGUCAAAAUCAGAGGUCUGAUCCCGCUGCGCUCAAAUGCUAAAUCAGAACCGCUGGUUAAUUGUUUGAAUGGUUGUCACAAGCUCUGGGCACACAUUUCCCUUCAGCAGCUUUGGACUGCAGAGUCAGUCGUUCCCACACUGGUGACAUUUUGGACAGUCAGCUGCCUCUGUGAGCGGAGAAAACAGGAAGCAGAGGGCGUCCUCGCUAGUUACACAUUAAGAUUAAGUUUAGAAAAACUUCUCUGUGCCUCAAAACUAUCACUGGAAGAGUCAGACCAAUCCUGGAAGCACAUUGAGGCUUACAAGUCUAUUGAGACACUUUGUUGGAGUCGCCGUUUGGGAAGUUCAGCGCCUGAAACCCACAGCAAGCUCAGAGAGAUCCAUUUGAAAAUUGCUUCGCUGGUCUCGCUGAAGUCGCCGUUACUCCCCCACUCUGCCCAGAAACUAUUAGAGGGAUUCUCUGCUGAAACACUGAAAGUCCACUCACGGCGGAGCUUCCAGCAGAGACUACAACAAAAAUACCCAGCCUCCAAAUAUUCAUUGAUGUUGCUGUUUUUACCCAAAGCCGUCACACUGACUCGGUUUCAUAACGGCACGCGCGCUCGGGCACACAAAGUCAAUGUUACAGUAUAAUUCAGAAUAAACAAAUUCUUCCAGAGCGACCACAAAAGAAGCUCUUUAAAGCACUCGGUU